UCUCCCUUUCCAGUGGUUCCCUUCUCCCACAGCAGCAAGCAGCCCACAGCCCUGCAGGAGAAAUUCACGGCGUGGGAGUGCGACUCAGCGGUGUCAGAAAACAAAGGCCAAGGCUGGAUGUGCUGCCCAAAGGGCUGGAAAAGGUUUCAAAACAGCUGCUAUUUUCUGUCCCUUGAUAAGAUGUCCUGGGCUGAGAGUGAGCAGAACUGCACUGGGAUGGGCUCCCAGCUGGUGGUGAUCAACAGUGAGGAAGAGCAGGUUUUCCUCUCUGUACAGAUAAAACAAGGUACAAGAGGACUGAAUUUCUUCAUUGGUCUGCGAGCAGAGAUUAAGGAUCAGUGGCAGUGGGUGGACAAGACUCCCUAUAAUGUGACAGCAGCGUGAGUAUCCCUGGCUGGAGAGUGAUUGGUGUGGCUCCUGGUAGUGCAAGAA